UAAGCUUUUGCCACUGAGAGCAAUCGACACCGUACGUUCUGCCAUGGAAGCACAUGGAGCUAAAAAGAAAAAGAACUCCGAUGAUCUAAGAACAAUCGGAGACAGCUCACGUACGAUAUCAAUUCCAGCUGAUGUUAUUCCAGAGAUAUUCAAAGGAUUGCCUGUUAAAAGCCUAGCGAGGGUCGUUUGCGUAUCGAAAGAAUGUGCAUCACUCAUUCGCAACCGAGAUUUCGUGAAAACGUAUUUGAUGAAAUCCUCGGAUAGCUCCCAAAGUCUCAUCUUCACAUUUGAAGGAAAGUGUUCCGGGAAGCACUUUUUCUUCUCAUCGCUUCAGCCCCAAGAUCGAGGUGAAUCAGUAUCAUCUUCCUUAGCUAUUUACCAUAUGAAAUGCCAUUUUCGACCGUACAAAACUUUUGCACCUUCUGUUAACGGCUUGAUUUGUUACGGACCUCCGUGGAAACUCAUGGUAUACAAUCCUAACACUAGACGGUCCAUUACUUUUCCCAAGAUUGAGUCCAUGAGGAUAGAUAUAUAUCAUUUCUUGGGUUAUGAUCCCAUCGGUGGUGAUUACAAGGUGUUGUUUAUGACUAAAGGAGACCCUGUUGGUACGCGAUAUGGUUUAGCUCAAGAGCUUCAGGUUCUGACAUUGGGGAAGGAUAAAUCAUGGAGGAUGAUUGAAGAUUUUCCUCUUCACUUUCUUGAUUUUCAUGAGUCUCCUGAUAUAUGUAUCAAUGGUGUUUUGUAUUAUCGAGCUUUGCUCAACGAAGAUGGUACGAGUGAAGCAUUCAUGAGUUUUGAUGUUAGAUCGGAAAAAUUUGAUCUUAUCAAUGCACCAGAGUUACUUGAAUACCAUUUAUCGUUUCCAAAGCUGACAUGCUACGAGGGGAAGCUUGCAUUCGUGUUCUCUAAACUUCAUAUCUAUAUAUAUAGCAUUGAGUUGUGGGUUCUAGAAGAUGCCCCCACACAUGAAUGGUCGAUGCAGUCUUAUUCUUUUCCUAUAAUAAAUGGCGAGUCUUGCUAUAGUUUCAAUCCCUUCUUUGUUGUUGGUGAAGGAGAGUUGGUUUUGGCACCGGCAUUUGUGGAGAGAGGACCAUUUGAUGUUCUCUAUUAUGAUACAAAGAAAAAUAGAGUGAGAAGAGUCCUCAUAGAAGGAAUCACAGGAAGGGAGGAUCCACUUUGGAAUAAAGAUCCAUAUCAUCGCAUAAUCUCGGUCAUCCCUGGUCAUGCUAAUAAUCUCAUGUUUCUCUAAAGAGUGCUGGCUCUUAUUACAUAUCUCCAUUGAUAUGUUUGUUCUUCAGCUGCAGUUGUGUUAAUUACUUGAAGGAUUCAUGAUCUUUUGUCAUUUUUGUGGAGACAGUUUGUUUGUGUAUGAAGACUAUUCGUCUGUGUUACGUCCAUACUCUCGCGCGGUUUUCUCAUGGUUUUGUUGCUGUAGAGAGAUUAUGAAUUG